AUGCUAGUCGCCAUCGACGACACUUCGAACAAGCUGCAAGGCGACAUCGCAGCAGUCAUACAGCGGCUGGACCGUAUACAGCUCCAGGACUCCACGUGCGAGACCUUGUUCAAGAACUUUCAGGCCUCACAUGCCGAUGCACUCUCACGGCUGUCGCUAGGCCUUGAAACCAUCAUGCUGGAGCACGAAGCCAUCAGGACAACAAGUAACCGCCAUCGGACCGAAGUUGCGCAGAAACGCAUAUGCAUGAGCCUGUCUUUCCGCGACAUGGACACUAGACAGAUCCAAAUCCGUGAAGCGCAUGAAGACACUUACCACUGGAUCCUGACGCCUCGCGGAAUGACAGACAAUGACCUCGGCGAUUUCCACGCUUGGCUGGAUUCUCCUGCUCCAGAUCACGGCAUCUUUUGGAUCUCGGGUAAGCCAGGAUCAGGCAAGAGCACCCUCAUGCUGUAUCUGGACCGGAAUCUCAAACCUGCCUGCUGUCCCAAUUGGUUAUCAGGCUAUGGUCUUUUCGUGUGCCGAUUCUUCCUCUGGAAUCCUGGGCGAGGAUUACAAAAGUCCUUCCAAGGUCUGCUGCAGGCACUGCUAUAUCAGCUGCUUUCGAGCCACCCGUGGCUGAUCGAAGCUGUUGUCAAUGAGGAGAGGUGGUUGACUGCAUGCACCAUGGAAUCUGAAUCGCGUUGGUCAAUACCAGAGCUGAAGAUGGCAAUCGAAGCUUGUUUGCACAGGAUCUCGGCUACACGAAAGAUCUUUGUGCUAGUUGACGGGUUGGACGAGCUCGAGGGGACCAACGAUGAUCGCCAUGAUAUGCUGGGUUUUCUUCGAAAUUUGACUCGGUUCGACUUCCUCAAGAUGUGUCUGUCCAGUAGGCCAUGGAACAUCUUUUCCGACUACUUCCAUAAGCUUCCUCAGCUCCAACUUCAACUGUUCACGAAAUUUGACAUUGAGAAAUACGUGAGACAUUCACUCUCGCACAGUAUGCGCGUCCAGACCUCCUACCUCCAUAACAGCGGUGAGGGGGAGAAACUGAUUGAAGCUAUCGUCGAGAAGGCGAGCGGGGUCUUCCUCUGGGUCCGCCUUGUUGUUCAAGAGCUCUUACGCGGAUUUCAAGACGGAGAGACCAUUCGUACUCUGAAGAGGAAGGUGGACUCGAUGCCCGCUGACCUUGAUGGGUUCUUCAAACGCAUCAUCCAUUCUAUCGACCCUGCAUAUCGCAGCGAAGGCUCUGCAUUCCUCCAAACAGCUGUGUUCAGUCUGCAAAAUACCGACGUAGAGUGGCCGCGUGGACUAUUGGAGUUCACUUUCUUGGAAGCGGACGAUGCAGAUUUUGCGACGAGGCCGAGCUACGACUUCAACGAGCUAGACUGUGUCGAUAUGGACGCAUUGGAGUACCGCAUCGAUCUGGGGAAGAGGCGACUGAACAGCCGCUGCAUGGGUCUAUUGGAGUGGGCGCACACAUCAGUAGUGGAGAAGUUCACAACAGUUCCACCCUCUUCGGAAAGACUUGGACACCUUCUCAGCACCCAGGUGAAUUUUCUGCACAGGUCUCUGAUGGACUUCCUUCUUACAACGGAUGCCCAAAGUAUCUUGCGACAGUGCACCAAUGGGCCUUUUCAAGCACGACGGUUCCUCUGCAGCGCAAUUCUAACGAAAGUCUGUGCCAUCAGUGCCAGGUGCCUCGCACAGAGCAGCUACGAAAGGGACGACUUUCUAGUAUGGCUCGUCGGUGAAGAUACCGACUGUCUCUUGAGGGCAGUCGCAUGCUCGGAGGAUAUGGAUGAACCUACGGUAAAUGUCAUAAUGAAUCGGCUGUACCCGGCAUUGGAGCUUUUGCGGCACUCACAGGCGCCUUUCUGGGGUGUCAAUGGGACGCCGAGACUCAUGAAGUUGUUGAAACAAAUUAAAUCUGGUGAGGACCUGUCCAUCAAGGUCGGAAUCGAGUACAACAUAACAAAGUUUGUGAAAGCGCAUUUGCGACCAAGCAUGACGGGAGGGAUCCGAGGUCAAGACCUUCUGCGAAACGCUUUACAUCCUCUAUCUUCCGAAGAGCCGUACCCACAAAUGGUGAAGGCUGUUCUGCAGGCUGGUGCGGAUCCUGACAUCCCUGAGCCUGUCUGGUGCAAAUACCUGUCAACUCUACCAUUGCAGAGGCAGGAUGUUGGAAAAGGACCAGUUUCAUCAACAAAUGUUGAGGUCAUGGGCAUUAUGAUAGAACAUAACGCAGCUGCUUCUCACCGGACUAAAAUGAUGCCAGUCAAGUGGAGGCAUCUCCUGGGAAAAGAUGACGCCUUUGGCGUCGUAGCGCUGACAGACAUGCUCGACAUCUUGGAUCUCACGGAGCCGGACCGCCAGAGAUUGAAGGCCAUCUUACGCCAACGAGAAGAAGCCAACACGUUGUAUGUUUGCAAUGCUGCAGGAGAACAUGCGCAUGUUUUACGAGAUUUCAAAACUGAAUACUCACCGUCGCUCGAACCUGUAUCACCGCGCGACUUUGCGCCGCUGCUGGAUGACGAUACGUGGGACGUAGGAGAGGAAGACGGCGAGAGCGAAGUCAUGUCAUGGAAACAGACCUGGUAUAGAGACCUGGGGCCACCUUCUGAUCCAAAACGAUCAGUUCCCAGCAAGAGAAAGCAAUCAAGCUCCCCCAGUCCGGAAAGCAACACAAGACGAAGGAUUCACAUUGACCUCACGGCGUCUCCAUGA